AUGGGAAGCGGUGCUCCACCCCAGGAUGGCACCACCACCGUCAAGCAGAUCGAGAACAACAAGAUCGAGGUGCUCGACCACCGCAACGACGUGUUACCGCUCCGACUUGAGCGGAAGCCGGCCCGAUACCAGAGGGUCAAAAUGGUGCUGCCGCUGCUAAUCCUGCUGGCGCUGGGAGCGGUCGCCCACACGCACGGCAAUUCUGGUGCGGCCAAGACAAUCGUUUUUGUCGUCCUCGGAGUCGGUGUGGCCAUCUUCCUGGCUUUGAUCG